UACCUCAAUGUAGCAUGUGCAAGAUUUUUGGCUUUCAACCAGGUCGCUUUUGAGUAUAUCGACUGCUAAGUCAACAGAGUAAUAUGUUUUGUGCUCGGGAUGAGUUCAGUAAAGACAUACAUGUGCACAGAGGACGGAUGUUUGUUCAAGAGUGUGCGCAAAUGGAACCUUAAUGAACAUAAAAAGAACGUACAUAGCAACCCAGCAGAUAGACCAUUGUGUGGCAUGUGUGGAAGAGAUUUCAAAAACAAGAAAGGCUUAACACAACAUCUGAAAUAUGGCCAUAACAACAGGUUGAUGUGUAGUGAAUGCCCAAAGACCUUUGGUUCACAAUCUGGAUUAGAUGACCAUUUCACCAGGCAUCACAAAGGUGAAGGAAAGGUCUUCAACUGUAAUGAAGAAGGAUGUGCGCAAUCCUUUCUUCGAAGGACUGCACUGGAAAGCCAUAUUAAUAGUUGUCAUAGAAAAUACUUCCCGUUUGCCUGUCCCAAACUUUCAUGUAAAAGAAAAUUCCCAUCUCAGACAAAAUUGAAUGCUCACAAAAUCCAAUGUGGAAAAAAAUGUUUGGUAGGCUGUAC